AUGGAGGCCCUUCUUCAUCAGUCCCGUUCGCUAUGCCCGUUCUUGAAAAGGACAUCCCCAUCCACCCUCCGCUCGCUGUCCAGCAGCACCCGCCCCCAGGCUGCCGCGAGUCCCGGUGGCGGCACCAUCUCCAAUCUGCAGGUCAUUGCCAGACGAUGCCCGAUUAUGAGCAAGGCGUUGGCGGUGCAGAGUGCGAGAAUGGCUGGGGCCGGUGGUUGUCCGAUGAAAGGGCUGAGGGGGUUGCAUACGAGUGCGGUGAGGCAGGCGAGCGUGAGGGAGGUGGGUGGUAAGAAGGCGGAUAGGGUUCCUCCCGCGCUCUCAAACUUGAGCAGUAUCCCCUCUCCUUCGGCGGCGAUGAAGCGGGAUACCGUCUGCCCCGGCCCGAAGCCUGCGGCUCCUCCGGCGGGAAAAUUCGACUACGAGGGAUUUUAUUCUGGCGAGUUGGAGAAGAAACACAAGGACAAGACGUACCGCUACUUCAACAAUAUCAACCGGCUCGCCCGCGAAUUUCCGCAGGCACAUAUGUCUUCCCCCGGAGACAAGGUGACUGUGUGGUGUGCUAAUGAUUACCUUGGCAUGGGACGGAAUCCGUAUGUGUUGCAGUCGAUGCAUGAGACACUGGACAGCUACGGUGCCGGCGCUGGAGGGACAAGAAAUAUCUCUGGUCAUAACCAACAUGCGGUUCGAUUGGAGGAUACUCUUGCGAAGCUGCAUAGAAAAGAAGCUGCUCUGGUGUUUAGCUCUUGCUACGUUGCUAAUGAUGCUACGCUGGCUACUUUGGGAUCCAAGCUGCCAGAUUGUGUGAUCCUCUCUGACAGCCUUAACCAUGCCUCGAUGAUUCAGGGCAUACGCCAUUCCGGAGCCAAGAAGAUGGUGUUUAAACAUAAUGAUCUUGCUGAUCUAGAGAGCAAACUGGCUUCUUUGCCUCCGUCCACCCCGAAGAUCAUCGCUUUCGAGUCCGUCUAUAGCAUGUGUGGAUCAAUUGCACCCAUUGAAGAAAUUUGUGACCUGGCAGACAAAUAUGGCGCGAUCACGUUCCUUGAUGAAGUGCAUGCUGUCGGAAUGUACGGUCCACAUGGUGCUGGCGUUGCUGAACACUUGGAUUAUGAUAUUCAUGCCACGUCCCCUGAAAACGUGAAGGGAACCGUAAUGGAUCGCAUCGAUAUUAUCACCGGAACUCUUGGCAAGGCUUAUGGCUGCGUUGGCGGCUAUAUCGCGGGGUCUGCUAAAUUUGUCGACACUAUUCGUUCUCUCGCUCCCGGAUUUAUCUUCACAACCUCCCUACCUCCGGCGACCAUGGCUGGUGCCACAACUUCGAUUAAAUACCAAGCCGGAUAUGGUCGCGACCGAACUUUGCAGCAACUCCAUACCCGUGCUGUGAAAUCUGCUCUCAACGAAAACGAUAUUCCUGUUAUACCGAAUCCCUCCCACAUUAUUCCCAUCCUCGUUGGUGAUGCAGAACUUGCAAAGCGUGCCUCCGACAUGCUCCUAGAGGAUCAUGGUAUUUAUGUUCAAGCUAUUAAUUAUCCCACCGUUCCUCGUGGCGAGGAGAGGCUGAGAGUCACCCCUACCCCCGGCCACACCAAACCACUUCGCGACCAUCUUGUUGCUUCCCUUCAGCAAGUUUGGGAGCGCUUGGGCAUCCGCAAGACCAGCGACUGGAAGGCCGCAGGCGGAUUCUUGGGUGUUGGCGACGAUGCUGCCGCACAUGAUGUCAAGAAUCAGCCCAUGUGGACCGAUGAGCAGGUUGGCCUCAACAAAGGCGAGGAUAUCGAAGUUGCCUUGCAGAGAGAGCUCAAGGCUGAAGCUGUUGCGAGGCAGUGCAUACUGAAUGAGCUGGCCGAACCGACUCGUAUGGCUGCCGCCACAGCGCAGCCGGUGAGCGUCGCUGCAUAA